AUGUCUCCCGCUGUUUCCAGCGCAGCAUGCGGUCUGUCCUUUUUGUAUAUCGUACUCCGAGUCGCAUAUCGCUUCAUCCUCGCUCGGAAAGGUGUCGCUUACAAAGUUCUGGUGAAUGAGGACGAGGUUGAGGAUGACAGUCACGUCGUCGGACCGGCCGAUGGAGAAGAGGGGGAGGAAACCGACCCGAUGUUAUUGAAGGCGACACAGGCCGAGCGGCCGCACCUGGAAAUCGAUCGUCCGCGCGGUGAAAUCGCUACGGUAGCUCUGGAAGUGGCUGCAUUAGUGGGUGUUUUGACCACGAUUGUCAUCGUAUUGGAUACCAACGCUUGGGGAGACAAUGGCACACUUCCAGCUGUGGGCAAGCUUGUUUCGUGGGGCUAUAUAAUGAUUCUGGUGCUAGUCCGCUUCACGCUCUCGACUUUGAACUUGCAAUCAACUCCAAGGCUGUGGAGCCACACGGCCGCUCUCUACGCUAUACAGUGGUUACUUAAUGUCUUUGUUUUCCGGUCUGCGGUUAUCCAUCCGAUCUCAAAACGUGCUUUAACCCUGAGCGCUGUCGAAUUUUCGCUGUCAACGCUACUAUUGCUCAUCGCCCUGACCACACGCAGAGGGAACAAGGCAGUUUGGGUGCAAUACGAGGAUGGACUGGAGCCGCCACGACACCCGAAGGCUAGCCUGUUGUCCCUGGUAACAUUCAACUGGCUCGAUCCUUUGAUCUGGAAGGGGUACAGCCAACCCCUUGAGCUAGAUGAUAUCUGGAACCUGACCACGUCGCAAAAAGCUGCUACGGUCUUGGAAGACUUUCGCCGUCAGCAGACCAAGGGCUCACUCGUCUGGAGACUCGGGCGCUAUUUCUACGGCACUUUGUUGGUGCAGGGUGCAUGGACUGUCUUUUCUAAUCUAUUUACAUAUUUGCCCACGCUCCUUCUCAAGGCCAUCCUGGAGUAUGUGGAGGACCCCAGGUCAACCACCGCCAACGCAGCCUGGCUGUACGCGAUUCUCCUAUUCUGCUCUGGAGCUAUUCAGGGUGUUGCUGAUGGACAAGCCCUUUGGAUUGGUCGAAAGCUGGGGGUCAAACUCCGUGCUAUUAUUAUUGGCGAGAUUUACGCCAAAGCCCUGCGGCGAAAAGCCGGUGCAUCUUUAGAUGCUCCUAAGAAGAAAACGACCGAAGAACCACCCAAAGACGGCAAGAAAAGUCGAAUCUUCUCCUUUGGUCGCAAGAAAAAGAAGGCCACUACCGACUCUGAGUCGGACACUCCAAACCAAUCGGAGGCUGAAAAGAUUGACCCAUCCAAAUUGGCUAACGUUGGAACCAUUAUCAACCUGAUGGCCAUCGAUUCCUUUAAGGUCAGCGAAGUGGGUGCCUACCUCCACUUUCUGUGGGCGAGUGUUCCAGUUCAAAUCAUCAUUGCUGUAACACUUCUAUAUCGACUCCUGGGAUUCAGCUCCUUUGCUGGUAUCGUCCUCAUGGUUCUCAUGCUUCCCGUUAACCUCUUCAUUGCCAAGGGCUUUGCCAGGCUGCAAAAUCAAAUCCUCGCUGGCACGGAUGCGCGGAUUCAUUCCACCAAUGAAGUCCUUCAGAACAUCCGAAUCGUAAAGUACUUUGCAUGGGAGCAGCGAUUCGAAGAUAUCAUCGAUGAGAAGCGCAGAGCAGAGUUGAAGUCACUACGCUCCCGCUACAUUUUGUGGUCGUUUGCGGCAACUGUCUGGUAUGGGACACCGAUUCUCAUCACCUUCACCUCGUUUUUCUUGUACACAGUUGUCGAGAAGAAAAAGCUAACCCCAUCGGUCGCCUUUCCGGCCCUUUCGAUGUUCUCUCUACUUCGCGUGCCUCUGGAUCAACUGGCUGAUAUGGUUGCUCACGUUCAAGAAUCCAAGGUUUCCCUGGACCGGGUAGAUAAGUACCUUCAUGAAGAAGAAACGGAGAAGUACAUUCAGUUGAGCAGAAGCGCCAAUCUUGACAUAACUCCGAAGAUUGCCCUGGAAAAUGCUACACUGUCAUGGGGAACUCCUCAAAAAGACUCUUCCAGACAAGGCACAACUGACAGUAGGGAGGCCUUCCGGUUGAUCAAUAUCGACGUGGAGUUCCGUGUAGGCAAACUUAAUAUCAUUGCCGGGCCCACCGGAUCAGGAAAGACGUCUCUACUGAUGGCUCUCCUAGGAGAGAUGAAGCUGUUGGAUGGAAACGUCCAUCUUCCUGGAGGUACGGCUAAUCGAACAGAGUUGCCAGUUGAUCCUCAAACCGGGCUCAUUGAGAGUGUCGCCUAUUGUGCGCAGGAAGCAUGGCUGGUAAAUGCCACAGUCAAAGAGAAUAUCGUGUUUGCAUCACCCUUUGACGAGCGUCGCUACAAGGCCGUCAUCAAAGCCUGUGCCCUGGAACGGGAUCUUGCUAUCCUCGACGCAGGCGAUCAAACCCUAGUGGGCGAGAAAGGUAUCAGUCUUUCUGGUGGACAGAAACAGAGGAUCUCCUUGGCUCGCGCUAUUUACAGCCGAGCCCGCCAUAUUCUGCUGGAUGAUUGUCUUAGCGCCGUCGAUUCUCACACAGCCAAGCAUAUAUUUCGGGAGGCUCUUACGGGACCUUUGAUGAUGGAUCGGACUUGUGUCCUUGUUACUCAUAAUGUUGCUCUGACUGUCCCACAAGCGGACUUUGUGAUUGUCCUAGACAAUGGCAAGGUUAGUGCCCAAGGCCGCCCCGAAGAUGUGGCAAGUUCAGGCGCCUUCGGCGACGAUUAUUUCAAAUCGGUCCCAGCUUCAAGAGCGAGUACUCCUCACCUAUCUCGCCGGCAAUCAGAUUCGGAAGAAGGGCAAGUUGAUGAUCAACCUUCUGCGAAUGGGAAGGUGAAUGGUUCAACAGGGAAGCAGAACGACGAGAAUUCCCAGUCCAAGUUGACAGAAUCGAAAGCCGUUGGCAGUAUCAAGUGGUCAACCAUUCAACUCUAUCUUCGGUCGAUGGGUCCUUGGUAUUACUGGAUCACUGCGGCACUUGUCUUUAGUCUGCAGCAAUUUGGCUCCGUCUCUACCAACCUCUGGAUUAGACAAUGGGCGAACUCUUACCAGAUCAAAGACAUUGAGUCGGAUGAUGCCGGUAAUUACGCUGCAGCAACAAGCCUUAAAUUUCCGUCCUUCAAUGCUGGAGGUGUUCCCCGGACUUCCAACACCUACGUUCCUCAAUUCAGCGGGCGGUGGACUGCCGCUACAGAUCGCGACGUGAAUGUUUCCUAUUAUCUCGGAGUAUACGCUCUCCUGGGCAUUGGCUACGUUCUUAUCUCCUUGUUUAGGGAAGGAGUUCUCUUCUGGGGCUCAUUGAACGCUUCUUCCAAAAUACAUCGGCGUCUUUUGGAUGCCGUGAUGCAUGCGAAAUUCAAGUUCUUCGAUUCCACCCCGCUGGGUCAGCUGAUGAAUCGGUUCUCUAAGGAUAUUGAAGCUGUUGAUCAAGAAGUCGCGCCAGUUGCGAUUGGUAUGCUUCAUUGCUUGGCGUCCGUGAUCAUGAUCGUGGUGCUGAUUUCCAUCAUCACUCCUGGGUUCCUUAUCGCGGCGAUCUUCAUCACAAUGGUAUACUUUGCCCUGGGCGCUGUUUAUUUAAACGCAUCUCGGGACAUGAAGAGACUGGAGUCAGUACAGCGGAGUCCUUUGUAUCAGCAAUUUGGCGAGACUCUGAACGGUAUUGUCACUAUCCGUGCGUACGGAGAUGGUCCACGAUUUAUCAUCGACAACCACCGACGUAUCAAUGCUUACAACCGUCCCCACAUCUACCUCUGGGCCAGUAACCGCUGGCUAGCAUUCCGUGUGGAUAUCACCGGAGCCUUGGUCUCCUUUUUCACGGCCACUUUCGUCCUGAUUAACGUUGGCAAGAUCGAUGCCGGUGCUGCUGGUUUAUCAUUGACCUAUGCGGUCACGUUCACAGAGAAUGUGCUGUGGCUGGUCCGUCUGUACUCAGAGGUCCAGCAGAGCAUGAAUUCGGUGGAACGAGUGAAGGAGUAUCUUGAUGUGGAGCAAGAAGCCAAGGCAGUAAUUCCAGACUCGAGACCGCCCGCUGACUGGCCUAGUGGUGGUGCUGUCGAUUUUAUCGACUAUACUACCCGGUAUAGGUCUGAUCUCGAUCCUGUGCUUCGAAAUGUGUCUUUUGCAGUGAAGCCUGGGGAGAAGGUGGGCAUCGUUGGGCGUACUGGUGCUGGAAAAAGCUCCCUCGCCCUUGCGCUCUUCCGUGGGCUCGAAGCGGAAGAGGGCAAGAUAGUCAUUGACGGGUUGGAUAUUGGCAGCAUCGGGUUACGGGAUUUGCGAGAGGCUAUCACCAUUGUUCCACAGGACCCCACUCUCUUUACUGGCAGUAUCCGGACUAACCUCGAUCCAUUCAAUUUGUUCAGCGACGAGCAGAUGUUCACAGCUCUGCGCCGUGUUCAUCUGAUUGGGCCAGAGACAUCUGGCACAGCAACCCCUGUCACGGCCAUUGCACCUACCAACGCAGAGGCUCGGCCGGCAAUAACCAACGGAGCCGGCGUGGGAGUCACUGGCGCUCAGGAUAAUAAGAACGUCUUCCGCAACUUGGAGUCUCCCGUUUCGGAGUCUGGCUCGAACCUCUCCCAAGGACAGAGACAGCUCCUUUGCCUAGCCCGUGCUCUUUUGAAGAACCCCAAGGUUCUGAUGAUGGAUGAGGCGACAGCCUCGAUCGACUAUAACACCGAUUCUAAGAUCCAAGAGACGUUGCGCGAGUUGCGGGACAGCACCAUUAUCACCAUCGCCCACCGCUUGCAAACAAUCAUUGACUACGAUAAGGUGUUAGUGCUUGAUCACGGUCGUGUGAUUGAGUAUGACCAUCCUUGGACCCUCAUCAAUAAGCCGGACGGUCUCUUCCGGAGCAUGUGCGAGAACAGUGGCAAUUUCGAGACCCUCCUGGAGGGAGCGAAGAAGGCAUGGGAAGCUAAACGUCUUGUCGAUGACUCAUAG